AUGACAUACCCGGUGAUUUCACUAAAGCCAAGUUACAAUUCCGUAAUACGUGGCUGUCCCGGUUUGCCCGAUACGUUACCGCGAAUUGAAUGCCAAUUGAGAGUACGAUCCAAUGACUCGCUGCCUUUCAAGCUAGUGAAGAUCGAAAUCAUCUUGAAGACGAUUGAGAUAUAUUUCAACAAAAACCUGUACAGCAGCAACAACAACUCUUUUACUCCCUUCAAUCGCCCAGCAGACACCCCUAGUGGAAACUCAGAUGCGAACAACAAGAGUAUCAUCGUCCACUAUAAGAAAAACAUCGUGCUUUCUCGUCCUACCCAUGGUAAGGAUGAUCUUAUCGGUAUAGAUAUACCUCUGACAAUAGGGUUACCUGAUGAUAUUAAGGAAACAAAUUAUAAUCCGAAAUUUGGUAAGGCACAGACUUUCCUGGAUUGUACAGUGUUUUACACGAAUGCCACUGAAGUAAGCUCGAAUAAGAAAAGGAAUUUUCUUUACCCCAUAAACGUCGAGAGAUACACGUAUCUGCCUUCGCCGUCAUAUUUUAGACCAAUCAACAGACUAAACAUAACUUCCCCAGAUCAGAAAUUCUUGAUCAACUAUUCCAUUGAAAAUCCGUGUGUUUCCAUGAAUGAUGAUACGUUGAAACUCUCCAUAUCAAUCAGGCUAAAUCCGUUUCCGAAUAAUGCUCUAGCGUCCUCCCUGAACGACUUGGACGUGUCCACGCCGACACUUUUCUCCACAAAGAAGAAGUUUAUGUCAAAACUCAAGUUGAAAACAAUUUCAAUUCAGGUUCACGAGUGCUUGGAAAUUCUGAAAAAUCAAUCAGAAUUCUCCUCCGCCCAAACGUUGAACGUUCUGCAAACUUCCAUAAGACAAGUGGACCAAACAAUCUCCAUGAAUCCCAUGCUUUUCCAAUUCAAUCUCAAAAUAUUCACCAGGGACAAAUUCUUACAAAACGUCGCACCAUCCGACCCAAGUUGUCCAGAAACAAGCUUAUUAAUCAACAAGAUCGAUGAUAUACCUUUACAAUAUCAUGGUUCAAUAACCACAAUAGGCCAAUAUUUCAAUGUGUCUCAUUCUCUUUCAAUAAAAUUCAAGUUCAACAAGAGUUUGAAAAAUUUCGAAAUUAAUCAUCCCUUAGUCAUAUCGUUCUGGUCAACAGGUCAACUGCCACUACUUGAAAACCUGAUAUUGCAAGAAAGACAGACUGCUAAAUUCGCCAAGAAAUUUUAUAAAAAUUUUGGCCUAAUAAAGAGUGCAAGCAACACCAAUACCAGUUCGAACUGUCUAGAAUAUCCCUCCUUACCACCAAUAAUCUACAACUUCAACGACACCGAGACAAAUAAUAGAUUCAAUAUAUUAUAUUUACAAAAGGAUGCCAGCCGUACAGAUCCGUCUAAAUUGAAAAGAGUUCCCGUCAUACAAUGA